CCAAUAUGUGUGGGUGUACCUUAUCGCCCAAUAAAAUUUAAUUAUCCUGAUUAAAUUAUUCAAUUUGAAUGGAAUAUAAAUUGAUGCCAACAGUUCUUAUUUGUAUUGUUACCUUUGCCGUGCGAAACGAAAUGGUUAUGGGACUUCGUUUGUUUCUUUUCAUAUUUCACAUCAUUUUAGCGGCAUCUGAUUCAUUCUAUUCGGGAGACAUUCAUCAUUUCUUUUUGGUCCAGGCAGGAAAAUGUGAAGGUUGUUUGACACCCCUCAUCCUUUUCCCAGUCUGUGGUUCUGAUGGGAGAACGUAUUCUAAUCAAUACAUGCUAGACUGCAUGAAAAAAUGCGCGGCACCAGAUUUAACAAUUGCUCAUUAUGGUAGAUGUUGAGAAGAUUAGCAGAAUAUAAGGACACGAAGAAGACUAUGAACACAGAAAUGAUGGUAGUUAUAGUGAAACUAAAUUUAUUGGAAUCCUGCAGACAUGGGAAACUGUGAAAAACAAAUUAAUUCAAUCAAAUAUGAAAUUUGUUAUGUAAUAAAGGAUUAUUAUGAAGCUUA